GCUUAGGGACGUGUCAGGGUGUUUCCCUGGAAGUGGUGGGAUGGGGAAUUGCCUGGGGCACUCCCUCCAGAGGGAGGAAGGCUUGGAGCAAGGAAGCAUUGAACAUGCAGGUGUCUGUGCACGUGAUGGGGGCAGGUGGAGCUUCCUGCAUGCUGAGAUCCCUUGCUCUCCUCCUUUACAGCUGUCAGAGUGAAUCACCUCCAGUUUGGGUACUGUCCUGUCAGGAAGCCCUGCCGCAGGACCUUCACCAUCACCAACCACACCCGUACGAAGGUCAUGCGCUUUGAGUGGAAGACAGACGCCCCAUUCCAGUUCUUCCCCAAGGUGGGACACCUCCAUCCUGGCUGUGCCAAGGGCAUCACAGUGAUCUUGAAAUCGGAUGUCCCAGCCACCUUCAGGAGGCACCUUGUGAGCUGUAAGGUGACCAAGAUUAACUUUGAGCUGCCACAAAGGAAGGUUCCUGACUGGGAUGACAAAAUGUGCAUUGUCACAUGGAAGGAAAUGACCAAGAAAGACCUGGCAGCCAGCUGGCCUAAAAAAGAAAAGGUUAGAAGCAAAAUGGCCAAAAAAGCCAACCCAGCUUUUACACAAAGAACCACCAUAACACACCAUCACUGUUGGCUGAGCAGCUCCUGCUUUCUCUGGACAUUGGACAGCCGUGAGGUUCACCAGCAGUGCAUUCCAGGGGAGAGGUGGAAACACAGUGACUGGAUACACUCACACGAGAGGGGGAAGCCUUUUGGCAAGAGACCUUUAGCCACACACAAACUGCAUCAGUCUGUGCCACAAGCACAAGUGUUGCAGCCCGUGUUGAAUGGGGAACGUUUUCUUAGUUUAUCCCAUUUUAUGCGGAGAGAAAUCCACUUCUCCUGCAUAUGA